AUGCCCCCCGACGAUCAGUUCGGUCAGUCUAUCGCAGACUCGACAACAAAACAACAACAACAACAACAGCAUCACUUUUCUCAAAAAAGAGGCCCUUGGUCUCCGGAAGAAGAUCGCAAGUUGAUGGAACUCAUAACUCUUUAUGGUCCUACAAACUGGGUACGAAUCCUGAACUUUUUGGGGUCGCGUACCGCCAAACAGUGUCGUGAACGAUAUCACCAGAAUUUGAAACCCUCGUUAAAUCGGUCGCCAAUCACCCCCGAAGAAGGGGCGUUGAUCGAGGAGUUAGUUGUUCGAUACGGUAAACGAUGGGCAGAGAUUGCCAGGCACUUAAAUGGAAGGUCAGAUAAUGCCAUCAAGAACUGGUGGAAUGGUGGUGCCAAUAGAAGAAGAAGAGCCAGUGCCCAAGCAACAUUACCUCAAGAACAAUAUCUCCAUAACUUGGCCAAUCUGCAACAACAACAACAACAACAACAACAACAAAGAACAGCUCCUAUAGAGAAUAACAGUGACUCGUCAAUGGACCAUCAUCCUCAACACAUGGCCUCUUCUUCGGAACAUCUAGGGUAUUCCAGUCCUAGUCAUCCACAUAAUCUCCAACCACCAGCCAAUGUUGGUGGAUCUUUGAAACAAUUUCCGCCUCCUAUGUCAUCGCAAAUCAAUUUGCCCUCUUUGACUCCUAAUUUAUCAUAUCAAUCUACAGAGAGCACCUACAAUAAUCAAAACGGCUUUGUUCCGACAUAUAUCACCACCGGCUCAGCUCAAAACCAGCCGUCUCUUAUCGGCAGCGAGUUUUCAAAACGCCGCUUACUUGAUCGCCGACAUUCAGCAGCUACCAUAUUGUCUUCAAAUUAUAUUCUGCCAUCUCCAACGUCGCUAGUUAACUCUCGUAAUUCUCUGAUUUCUUUUGACGCGUAUUCUAGCAACGAUUCAUUGACGUCCAAUUCUCGUCGUUCUUCAAUCAUCGAUACCUCAAGCGGCUUGGGUGGUAACACUGGCUUGGGGUUAUCUGUUGGCUUGGGAAAUACUUUAGAAGGUACCAGGAAAAGACAUUCGAUAUUCGGAUUAAAUAAUAUGGGAAUCACGAAUUCCUCCACCCCUAUGAAUAGCGGAUAUUCCUCGCCCAAUAAACCAGGUGAUCAAAUGCCACCAAAAGACCCCAAUAAUAAUAAUAUUAAUAUUAAUAAUAAUAAUAAUAAUGGUAACACUCUACCUCCAUUGAACUUUAGCACCACUGCACUUUCACAUCAUACCACGUCGAUUGCCUCGUACCAUCAGAAUACACACGGGCCAUCACAUCAAAGUUUCAAUCCGCCUGUUUACCAACAUCUUCAGCACCUGCAUCUGGUAACCUUACCACCUUUGUCGACCAAUUCUGAAAACUUACUGAAUGAUAUCUUCAAACCAAACUUCUCUUUAGACAAAAAAACUCAUGAAAACUUGAAAACUGGUGUAUCGACAACCAUCGCCCCUUCACAGAAAACCCUGGGCGGUGCAGGAUUGUUUAAAUCGAAUUUCUCGUUUAGACCAACAGCCACUGCUGCUGCUGCUGCUAUUCCACAACAUCAUGGCAAACCAUGUCCCGGCGCGGCAGAAAGAAUGGUCAUUGAUUGUUCAGCUGGCGACCCAACUCUGAUAAAAACCGGUGAUCAAAUAGACAACAAUGUGGUUAUGACUGAUGCUUCGCCGGUAGUGCCGGCAUCAUCUGCGACUGUUUCUUCUGAAACAUCAACAGAGGAGACUGAUCCUAAAAAAGAAGAAGCACAAGGAGGAAGAAUUGCGAUUUCAAAUUUGCUUAGUUAG